GCUUUGGUUGGCAAAGUGUGAGAAAGAGAGUGUGAGACGGACUCUGUGUUCAACUUCCUCCCUCUCUUCCAAUCUGUUCACACUACCCAAAUUUGGCCACUUUCUGUUAAUUUUCAUUAUUUUUGGUCUCUCUUUUAUUCUUGAAUUGCUAUAUUCUCUCUUUUCAAUUUUCUAAAUUUCCAAUCUCCACUACCCUAUAAAUAAACACCUCCAAAACUUGGAUAUUACAGGGCUGAUUCACAGUCACUGUUGUAUUGGGUGGCUUUUGACUCUCCAGACUUAUUAUAUCCUUCACUACCUAUCUAUAUAUAAAAUCCAACCCCCACUCUUCUUCCUCUGCUUCCUUACAACCCUCUCAUCCUCUGUUUCUCUCUGUUUUCCUCUGUUUUUCUCUGUUUUUCCUCUGUUUCAGAACAACCAUGGAAGCACCAGAGGAACUCUCUUUGGGCUCCAAAGAGCACACCAACAUUGUCAAAGGGAAAAGAACCAAAAGGGUAAGGCCACAAUCUCCUAUCCCUUUCUCCAUCACUGCUAAUUCUUCAACAGGAGAAGAAGGAGAAAAAGAAGAUUGUUACAAUGGUGUUGAUGACAACAACAACAACAACAGCAACAAAGAUGAUGAUGCCAACACCAACACCAAUAACAUUAACACCAGCUCCCCCACCACUUCUUAUGCAGGGUUAUCAUCACAAGAAGAAGAGGAGGACAUGGCCAAUUGCUUGAUCCUUCUGGCUCAAGGACAAGCCAAGGAAUCCCCAAAACACACUCCUCCUGAGGAAGAUGUUGGCAUGAACUACACAAAGUACAGCAGUAGGAAAUUCAUGGAAGCUGCAGCUUUGGAUUCUGGGAAAGCAGGGUUCUAUGUUUAUGAAUGCAAGACAUGUAACAGGACAUUCCCUUCAUUUCAAGCACUUGGUGGACACAGGGCUAGUCACAAGAAGCCUAAGGCCAUGGCUGCUGCUGCAAUGGCCCUUGGAAAUCAAGAGAAAAAGCAACUCUUUUUGUCAUCAGAUGAGGAAGAGUUUCAAUUCAAGGCCAAUAAGUCACUUUCUCUUCAAUUGAAUAGCAGGGGAAAUUUGUACAGCAACAACAACAACAAGUCCAAGGUGCAUGAGUGCUCAAUUUGUGGUGCUGAAUUCACAUCAGGGCAGGCGCUUGGCGGCCAUAUGCGGCGCCACCGGGGACCGGUAGGGACUAACACCACACUUUCCUUGACACCAAUGGUUUUGGAACCAGAACAAGAUCAACCUAGAAAGAAGAGGAAUGUGUUGAAUUUGGAUUUGGAUCUCAACCUGCCUGCACCAGAAGAUGAUCAAAGAGAAUCCAAGUUUGCCUUUGGAUCCAAGCAACAACAACAACAACAUGGACAGAAACAACAGCAACAACAUCAGCAGCAGCAUCAACAACAUCAGCAGCAGCAUCAACAACAAGCAGGUCUUGUCUUUCCCGCCCCAGCUUUGGUGGAUUGUCAUUACUGAGACAAGGUUUUAGAUUGGCAUAAUUCAACAUUAUUAUCCCAAAAUUGGGUUUAUAUGCAAUUUUAGAAAUACAUUUGUUGUCUGAUGAAUCUGAUUCUUUUCUAUACACCUCAAACUUUACAUGAUUAAUUCUUUUGAUUCUUUGUUAA